CGGUAUAAGCGUGUGUGACUAUGUGUCCGCGUCAGAUAUUAGUAAGACAGUAAGACACUGUUCUGACGAGAGCAAUUUCUUAAAAUGAGGAUAAAGAUCGUAUUUUCAUUAAUAGUUCUAUUAACAGAAACCGUUCAAUCGUCUGAUGUGGACGUCAUAAGGAAACUUGCGGAGCUUGAUGCCAAAAUUGUACAGCUUGAAAAGGAACGAAAACAAGACAAAAACAUUAUACACAAUUUGCAAAAGUCCAGAAAACAUGACCUCAACAAGAUGAAAAAGGCCAUGACACAAAUUAUGCGACAAACACAGAAUGGCCAUGAGAUGGUACCGUUUCCGGCGGCUUUCAAAAAAUCAAUCCGUCAAACAGAAUUGGGUAUGGCCGCUUUUACAGCUUGUCAACAGACCGCUACGCAAGAAAAUUUAGGUGCGCAUCAAACAGUUGUAUUCGAGAGUGUUAUCACCAACGUCGGCAAUUCGUAUUAUCCAAACGACGGAGAGUUUACAGCACCCAUCAACGGUGUUUACGCGUUCCACGUUACGGUAAUGACUGAGCCAAAUAUAUAUGCAACCUUGGAGAUCGUAGUUGACGGCAGACGCAUUGAUGACAUGGUCGCAGACGCUUCUGUUACACACGAAUACAGAAGUACUGCUGAAUUGUGGCUUCUUCAAUUAAAUAAAGGGUCGAAGGUGUGGAUCCGAACAGCCGCGAAGGGAUACCGUAUCCACGGAAACUGUCACACAGUGUUCUCCGGCUUUUUCGUGUUCGAAACGUAAUGAUAAUAUUGUGUUUGUGAAUUGAACUUUAGAAUCGACUAUGUCACCGUAAUAGCAUUAAUGUUCACUUUUAGUACAAAUAUGUUAACGCCAAACUCCAUAAAAUUCUAGUGUUUUAAAUAUAAUUUUGUACAAAAUAAUGUUCUUAAAUUAAUGUCAUUCUAUACUGUUAGUCGAUCUGAUAAAGUUAAUUGAAGAAGUAA